AUGUCUGGAUUCCCUCCCGAUGACCCAGACUUUCAGUUCCUGGCGUACGACAAGAAGAAGUUACUGGAAGAGCAAGGACAACCGUUCGAUGGCAAGAAGAAUUGCUGGAUAGUUGACCCAAAGGAAGGCUAUUUGAAAGCAGAAAUUAUAAGCACCAAGGGAGAUGAUGUCACCGUCCUAACCGAAAAGAAAGAAGAAAAAACAGUUAAAAAAGAUUCCAUCCAACAAAUGAACCCCCCAAAGUUUGAGAAAAUUGAGGACAUGGCAAAUUUAACUUACCUUAAUGAAGCAUCUGUUCUUUAUAACUUGAGGGCCAGAUACAGUGCCGGCCUCAUCUACACAUACUCAGGAUUGUUUUGCGUUACUAUCAACCCAUACAGACGUCUGCCAAUUUACACGCAGAACGUCAUUAACAGGUACCAGGGCAAAAGGAGAAACGAAAUGCCUCCCCACCUUUUCGCAAUCGCUGAUAAUGCUUAUCGUAACAUGUUGCAAGAUCGUGAGAAUCAGUCCAUGUUGAUCACCGGUGAAUCAGGCGCAGGAAAGACAGAAAACACGAAAAAAGUCAUUUCAUACUUCGCUCAAGUGGCAGCUGCCUCCAAGAAGGAUGAAGAAGAAGAACAAAAACAAUCAGGUAACAAAGGAAGUCUUGAAGAUCAAAUUGUUCAAACCAAUCCUGUACUUGAAGCCUAUGGUAAUGCAAAAACCAUCAGGAACAAUAACUCUUCGAGAUUCGGCAAGUUCAUCAGGAUACAUUUUGGAACAAAUGGUAAAAUUGCUGGUGCCGACAUAGAAACAUAUCUGCUGGAAAAGUCUCGUGUGACGUAUCAGCAGCCUGGCCUGGAAAGGAACUACCACAUCUUCUACUGGCUCCUCUCUGGAAAGAUGACCCACAUUGUAGAGAAGUUGCUGAUUCAAGAAGACCCUGGCCUCUACUUCUUCAUCAAUCAAGGCUGUCUGACUGUCGACAACAUGGACGACAAAGAGGAGAUGGAAAUUGUCGAUAAUGGUUUUGGAAUUUUAGGAUUUUUGGAGGAAGAGAAGAUGAGUAUGUACAAGACGACGUGUGCCGUUCUCCAUUUUGGGGAGAUGAAGUUCAAGCAGCGACCCAGGGAGGAACAAGCUGAAUCUGACGGCACUGCUGAAGCGGAAAAAGUGGCAUUUUUGUUGGGUGUAAACUGUUCUGAUUUGCUGAAGUCGCUGUUGACUCCAAAGGUGAAAGUCGGUAACGAAUACGUCACGAAAGGACAAAACAAGGACCAGGUUGUAUACGCGGUGGCUGCUCUGGCAAAGGCGAUAUACGCUCGCAUGUUCCUGUGGCUGGUUAGUCGCUGCAACAAAACGUUGGACACAAAACAUAAGAAACAGUACUUUAUCGGUGUACUCGAUAUCGCUGGAUUUGAGAUCUUUCAAUACAACACUUUCGAGCAAUUGUGCAUCAACUACACGAAUGAACGCUUGCAACAAUUCUUCAACCAUCACAUGUUCGUCUUGGAGCAGGAGGAAUAUAAGAAAGAGGGUAUUCAGUGGGAGUUUAUCGAUUUUGGAAUGGAUCUUCAACAGUGUAUUGAUCUCAUUGAGAAGCCCAUGGGCAUACUGUCUAUUCUUGAAGAAGAGUGUAUGUUUCCAAAAGCAUCUGAUAAAACCUUUUUGGCAAAACUUUUCGAAAACCACAUGGGCAAGUCACCCAACUUUGGAAAACCGAAACCCGUGAAGAAUGUUCGGUUCGAACCUCACUUUGAAGUUUACCAUUAUGCAGGAAAUGUCGCAUAUAACAUUCAAGGCUGGUUGGACAAAAACAAGGAUCCAAUCCAGGAAUGUGUGGUGCAGUUGAUGCAGGGAUCGAAAGAACCUCUCGUCUCCAACUUUUUCAAAGAUCCAGAUGACGGGGAUUCGAAAAAGAAAAAAAAGGGAACAGCAUAUCAGACAAUUUCAGCAACGCAUAGAGAACAAUUGAACAAGUUGAUGGCUAACUUGAGAACCACCCACCCCUCCUUUGUUCGUUGCAUUAUUCCAAAUGAACAGAAGAAACCAGGUCUCAUUGAAGCCGGUUUAGUCUUGCAUCAGUUGCAGUGCAAUGGUGUGUUGGAAGGUAUCAGAAUCUGCCGCAAAGGUUUCCCCAACCGAAUGAUUUAUUCUGAAUUCAAGCAAAGAUACUCAAUUUUGGCGCCAAAUGUGAUUCCUCCUGGUUUCGUUGACGGAAAAGCAGUCAGUGAGAAGGUUCUAGCAGCUCUUCAGUUAGAUCAGAAUGAUUACAGACUUGGUCACACCAAGGUAUUUUUCAAGGCUGGUGUUCUCGGUACUCUCGAGGAUUGGAGAGAUGAGAGGCUGUCAAAGAUUGUUUCUAACUUCCAAGCUCAAAUAAGAGGAUAUCUCAUUAGGCGAAACUACAAGAAACUCAUUGACCAAAGAUUGGCAUUGAGUAUAAUUCAACGAAACAUUCGUCGCUGGAUGGCGGUGCGUAACUGGCAGUGGUGGAAGCUGUACACCAGAGUGAAGCCACUUCUUAGUAUUGCUCGCCAAGAAGAUGAAAUGAAGAAAAAAGAAGAGGAGUGGGAAAAGACGAAAGAAGAACUCCAGAAGAUGACCAAGAUGAAGAAGGAACUUGAGGAACAGAAUGUCUCGUUGUUUCAAGCUAAAAAUGAUUUGUUCCUGCAGUUACAAGCUGAACAAGAUAAUGUUAAUGAUCUCAAUGAGCGAAUCGCACAGCUUGUCAACCAAAAAGGUUUGUCCUAUUAA